UUAUGGGAGAUGUGGUCUGUUAUUUGAUUGAACAUGGAAAAAAUGGACGUGCAGCCGCCGCCUAUCCGAACCUUAGAUGAUUUUGUUUUGAGCUCGGCUCAAUUCGCCGUGCCAGAUAUUCGUAAUCUGGAGAGAUGGAACAAUCGGAUCAUAAACAACUUGCUGUAUUACCAGUCCAACUAUUUCGUCUCGUUUUUGACCAUCCUGGGAAUAGUAGGUUAUUUCCAGCCCUUCAACCUCUUCUUGGGGGCCACAGUUGUGACAUUGAUAUUCAUGGGGUUUGUAUGGGCAGCAGAGAACCAGGCCCCCAUCAGGCGGUUCCGCCGGAACCACCCGUCCCUGGCCCUGGGUGCCAUUCUGGGGGCCAGCUACCUCUUCCUCACAGUGCUUGGGGGAGUGGCCGUCUUCCUCUUCGGCAUAGCCUUCCCCAUCUUAUUGAUAUUGAUCCACGCCUCUGUUAGACUGCGGAGCCUCAAGAACAAGUUGGAGAACAAGCUGGAGAGCAUUGGUUUGAAGAGAACACCUAUGGGGCUCCUAUUGGAGUCACUAGGACAGGAACAGGAAGCUGGAUCUUAGAGGGGGAGGAGAGGAGGAAAAAAGGAGAUAUGUGCCCUGUUCUAUUUCAGUCUCUUGCCUCUUGCUCCUUUGGUAUGCCCAAAUCUGAAAGGAAUGGAUGAAGCUAAGCUCCAUCAUAUAUCCUGUCCUGCCCAGAUAUGUAAUCACAGGGGUAGGUGCCAGAGACUUAAAUGGAAUGAGGCCUCAUACUGAGUGCAUGAAAAGUAGAGGAAGAGAGGAGGGAAGUAAAGCAAAGGUGUAAUGAUUGUUAUGAUUUCUCAGUGUCACAAAGGUGGUGUAACAGAUUGUAAAUUCUGUGGAAUCUAUUUGGCCUAUGUAAUGCACACACUAACUGAUGUGGGUUCUUCCCCUGCGAUGUAAGUCAUUUUGCACCCCUUGACAAGUUCCUGAUAUAGAGUUUACAUUGUGUCCUCAGAAAAAUAUUUGUAAAAAGACAUUGUGCGCUGAAAAUCUGCGCUGAGAAGUAAACGUGGCCUCCUAACAGACGUGUGUUGUAAGUGCUACAAUAAGAUGGUUUUAAAAAUGCAAUUUAACGCCAGUGUUAUGGUUACAAAACAUGAUUUUACAUAGAAACCUAAAGGUGUUUGAUGAGUCACUACUCUGUGAUUCCUGACCACACUGCUUUUUGUGUUAUUGUACAUCUUCCACUAUUGUUGGGUUUUGCAAUUUAAUGCAGUUGAAAGUUUAAAUGUGUUUUGGGAUGGAAGGGCAACAGUGGAACAACUGUAUGCUUUGCAUAGAAAUAUAAUUAAUUCUACUUCUAUGAUUUUAUUAUUCCAAGAAUGUUUACCGAGAUUAUUUAUGCCUCUGCCCACUCAUUAUUUGGUGCCAAGAACAUUAAUGUCAGUCUGCCUUCAUUGUUUAAAAUUCUAUUCAAUUGAGAAUAUUUUAUAUUUCUUUGAUCAUUGCCUUCUAUGGACUUAAUGUGUGUUUUUUUACAAUGCUGUCAACAUGUAUUUACACUUCAUUUACUAAAUAAUAUACCUUACAUCUGCAA